AUGCCGUUCAAUGCCCUCGGUCUCCCCCUCGAAUACUGUUCUCGGGAGUACCGACUCCAUGCCGGCCGUCCCGCUCCAUUAUGGAUGCCCGCAGACCCAAGGGCAACACCCAUGUCUAGAUACCGGGAGCGCAUCAAUUCGAAUUUCUCCGCCAGGCUGAAAGACUCCCAGGAGCUUCACCAGUGGACCGUACAACAUCCUCACGAGUUCUGGAUUGAUCUGUACGAGUAUUGCGGCAUUGUCCCACAGCUUCCCAGCCACACUAGGCUCGCAUACAACCCCCGGCUGGGACUUCGCGAUGUGCCAGCCUUCUUUCCAGGCCUGAAGCUCAAUUACGCAGAAAAUGUGCUUGUCCCAAACACUAAUGCGAAUCCUUCUGCUGUGGCAUUGGUCGGUCUGAGGGAGAAAGAUCUCGGUCAUCCAGAGAACGUCACCUGGUCCGAAUUGACAGAGCUGGUGCGUGUGGCCAGAUCGGCCUUGGCCCGUCAAGGCAUCAAACAGAACCAUGUCGUGGCAGCGCUCAUGGCCAACUCCAUUUGGACCAUCGUCCUCUUUCUGGCCUGCGCCUCGAUGGGUGCCAUCUUCACCUCGGUGUCGCCAGACAUGGGCAUUGCCGGCUGUGUCGCCCGUUUCGCCCAAGUCUCUCCUCGAGUGCUCUUCGCUGAAGUUGAUCUAGCAGUUCGAGGGCUGCGUCCGGCAAUGAUGGGGAAAGUGCUGGAGAUUCUGCGAUCGCUUCCCCCCAGUGUGGCACGGCCGCAGGUGGUGUUUGUGCCCACCGGCCAACGGCCACACUUGCAACAGAAUCUGGACUAUGUCAGGCCCCUCGGCGUCUCACUGCAUACCUUCCUGCUCAAGUCGAGGCCAUCCGAUGCUUUGCGCUACACCCGGCUUCCCAGCGACCACCCUCUGGUCAUCGUGUACUCGUCUGGCACGACAGGAGAACCCAAAUGUAUCGUCUCGCCUCACAUUUCGAUCCUGAACUACAAGAAGAUCGCCCUUCUCCACAACUCCCUCGGUCCACACAGCACUGUCUUCCAGUACUCGUCGACCUCCUGGAUCCUCUGGAACGUGAUGAACGGUCACCUCUCCGUUGGUGCUAAAGUAAUCUGCUACGACGGCGGAGCCCUCUACCCGGACCCUUCGACGCUUCUGCAUAUUUGUGACCAGUUCAAGGUAACGUACUGGGGCACUUCGCCGCGCUAUCUGCUCGAACUCGAGCAAUCUGGCAUCCAGCCUUCCUCCUUCGACCUCUCAAACUUAGCCCUGGUCACCACCACCGGUGCCACCCUGACCGGUGAGCAAUUCCACUGGUUCUACUCGGCCUUCCCACGCCGCAUCCAUCUUUCCUCUGUGGCUGGUGGUACAGAGAUCGCUUCGUCCUGGGUCGCCACCGACCCCGCAGGGCCGGUCUACGCCAACGAAAUGCAGAUGUGGGCUCUGGGCCACCACUGUGACAUUCUGGACCCCGACACGGCUGAGUCUAUAGCCAUGACGGGCCGACCAGGAGAGCUUGUGUGCCGGGCGCCGUUUCCCAGCAUGCCGUGCAGAUUCUGGGGCGACGUCGACCACAAGAAGUACCGCGCGGCGUAUUUCGAAAAGUUCAAGCUCACAGAUCCCGACAUGAGCAAGCACAACUUCCUCGACGUCUGGGCCCAGCAUGACUUCAUCGUCAUGAACCCGGUCACGCGCGGUGUCCAGAUUCUCGGCCGUAGCGACGGUGUCCUGAACCCCUCGGGCAUUCGCUUCGGCAGUAGCGAAGUCUACAACAUCGUCGAGGGCCCGCAGUUCAACACCGUCUUUGCCGACACCCUGUGCGUCGGCCGCCGCCGCCCCAUGGACCGAGACGAGACCGUCUUUCUGUUUGUCGUCAUGGUCCCGGGCCACGAGGCUGGCUUUAACGACCACCUCGUCGCUAGGGUCAAGGCCGCCAUCCGCCACGGCCUCUCUGCCCGACACGUGCCCAAAUUUGUCCUCCCCGUCCGUGCCAUCCCCUAUACCGUCAACGGAAAGAAGGUCGAACUUGCCGUCAAGAAGCUCAUCAGUGGCUUCGACGUCAAGCCCAGCAGCACUAUCAGAAACCCAGAAUGUCUCGACGAGUACCGCCCUUUCCGGGACUUGGAGAGAGUGGGAAGCGCCGAGAGGUUGUAG